CCCGCCAUGGAGCAUGCCUUUACCCCGCUGGAGCCCCUGCUACCCACGGGAAAUUUGAAAUAUUGCCUGGUGGUUCUUAAUCAGCCUCUGGACACACGCUUUCAUCAUCUUUGGAGAAAAGCUCUCUUCAGAGCCUGUGCUGACGGAGGUGCCAACCACUUGUACGACCUCACCGAAGGAGAGAGAGAAAGCUUUUUGCCUGAAUUCAUCAGUGGGGACUUUGAUUCCAUCAGGCCUGAAGUCAGAGAGUACUACACCGAGAAGGGCUGCGAUCUUAUUUCAACUCCUGACCAAGACCACACCGAUUUUACCAAGUGUCUUAAAGUGCUCCAAAGGAAGAUAAAAGAGAAAGAGAUGCAGGUUGACAUGAUCGUGGCCCUGGGAGGGCUUUGUGGGCGCUUUGACCAGAUCAUGGCCUCUGUGAAUACCCUUUUCCAAGCCACUCACAUCACUCCUGUGCCAGUUGUAGUAAUCCAAGAGGAAUCUCUCAUCUACCUCCUCCAACCAGGAAAGCACAGGCUCCGUGUAGACACUGGAAUGGAGGGCAGCUGGUGUGGCCUAAUUCCUGUCGGACAGCAUUGCGAAAAGGUGACGACAACUGGCCUGAGAUGGAACCUCACAAAUGAUGUGCUUGCCUUUGGAACACUGGUCAGUACUUCUAACACCUACGAUGGGUCUGGGGUCGUGACUGUGGAAACUGACCACCCGCUUCUCUGGACCAUGGCCAUCAAAGGCUAACCUAUAAUGUGGCAUCCGUCAUGUCCCUCUGCCUUCCCUCAUCUGCCCAGCGGUUCAUUGCUCACCAGGAACAGAAUCACCUCGGUGUGCAGAAAUCUAAAUUUCUCCAUAGGAAACCAUGGGCUCUCAAGAUGUUGGGGGUCGGGGUACAGCUGAGCAGAGGAGCACUUGCUGCACAAGCGCAAGGUCUUGGGGUUCAACCUUCAAAACCACAAAAUAGAGAUGCUGGUGUGUAAACAUUCUAGGCCAUGCUAUAAAUGACAUCUUGAUUCUACACUGAGGGAAAGCUAUGUUCUAUCAAAGUAAAUAAGCUUUAUUAUACUCAAUUGAAAAAGUCAAUGUAGAUCAUUGCCUUAUAUAAUUCAGUUCUGAUCAUUUUAAUUAAUCAGUCCACUUACCUUAAAACCCUUUCCUAAUUUCAAAGCACCAAAAACUGUUGUCUGUGUUGCCUUGGAGUCUAGCACUUCCUUAAAUGCCUGAUGACAAGGGCUACCUACCUCUGAGCAUCUCCCAACAUGGUAUUCCUCUCUGUAAUGUGUAUUAUCUCCCAGGGUGCUGUGAUAAAAUGGCAGCCUUUCACUUUGACAUGACAUUUUUAAAAUAUAAGAAUCGUUGACUUAGCUGUUACAUUUGAAAGCAAACAGCUACAUGGGCUACCGGUAAACGAGAAGCGGUAACUCAUGACUCUCCACCAUACAUUAGCCCCUCAGAACUUGAAAGUUAAACACUCCGUGCUUCAGAAAUGCAGGAACCAUUGUGAAAAUCAUGACAGAUCCAAAGGGUUUGUGCAGAGGAGUCUUAAUCCUAAAAGUUCAGUCACCUUUAACAUACCUCCCACUAGAAAAUGAAGUGGACCAUACAUUUCCCGGCAUCCCCCGGAAGACGAGUGUGCCUGCGGAGAUGGGUGCACACAGCCCGCGGAGACAUCAACAGCUGCGGGCUGUCUCUUCAUCCCAGUCCACCAUGUGUCUGGCUCCUGAAGCCUGUCUAGCUGUAGAGUGGAAGGGGUUGUAAUCACUGAAUGUGGGAAAGAACCACAGGUACAAACCCUAAAUGCUACCAUGUUGCAGUUGACGAGCAGGUAGUACUAGCUUGGUGUAAGGUUGCUGGUGCAUUAAAAGGCAUUCCUGUUUGUUUCAGGAGCUCCCCCGCUCAUCUUCCCACCUUCUCCUAUCCCGUUUGUUAAACUGCAUCUUGCCAAACAAUCCAUGUCUUAAGGACAGUCUAUCCACCAUGUUGUGUUAUCCAUGACUAUGUAUGUCACUGUCUUCUUGGUGCUACAAUACUAUAAGGCUUAAGACAUAAAGUAGAGAAAGGAAAAGGAUCAGUUGAACCAACAGUAAGUCCUGAACAUAAAUUGUCAGAAUUAUUGUAAUCAUUUAUGCAAAUACACGAUUGUGAAGUCUGGAUGUCAAAUAAAAACAGUUAUCUGUGUGCAUGUCUACAGUGAUUUUCUAAGAAAAUGUUCAACUUGAUCACUUGUAUUUAUUUCACGAUGACCCAUCUCUCAUAGUCAGUGUUUCUGCUCAAAGGGUGACUAAA